AUGUCUGCUGAGCUCAGCAAUCCCAUCUCUCCUCAAGAGGAUGUAAGUGGAGGAGAGGAAUAUACAAACUUUGAAGAAGAAUAUCAAACUGAUUCUAGUACUUCUUCAAGUGAUAAAUCAUCCAAGAAGAAAAAGACUCCAAAAAAGAAGGGUUCCAAACAAAAGAACAAGGAGACCAAGAAUAUCAGAGGAGGAUGGACAGAUGAAGAAGACGAUCAUCUCAGAAAGCUUGUAGAAAAGUUUGGAGCAAAGAAAUGGUCACAAAUUGCUCAAGAACUCCCUGGUAGAAUUGGUAAACAAUGCAGAGAGAGAUGGUAUAACCAUUUAGAUCCAUCUGUAAAGAAAGAUUGGUGGACUCCUGAAGAAGACAGAAUUAUCAUAGAGUAUCAUGAAAAACAUGGUAACAAAUGGGCUCAAAUUGCCAAAGUACUCAAUGGAAGAACUGCUAAUGCUAUCAAGAACCACUGGAAUUCAACUUUGAGAAGAGUUGUAGAAAAGUGUAAGGAUAAAGCCAAAAAAAGUGGAGGAGUUUGUGAAAUCACCUUACCACCAUGUCCAAAGAGAAAAAAGUCAAACUCUAAAUCUUCGUCUGAUGGUAUUCAAUCCAUUACGAUUCAAUUACGUUUCAGUAAUAGUAACAAACUUCUUGAUAUCAAGACAACUCGUAUUGUUACAGGUGACAGAGAAAUUUCAGGUGAUGAAAGUGACAUACUUGCUUCUGCCUCCAUUCCUACAGGUGAAGAUGAUGAUGAAGAAGACUCAAAAUCAAUCAAGUCAUCUUCCAAGGUUAAUAGAAAGAGAAAGAAGGCUAGUAGAGAUAGUAGUUAUGAUUAUGAGGAAGAUGAUGAGUACAAACCUUCUCAAGAAGAUGAAGAUGAAUACGAAGAUGAACAAUCUGAGGAAGAAGAGGAUGAUGAAGAAGAAACUACCUCUCCUCAACCAGAAAUUAAGAAGCGUAAAAUGACAAGCGCUUCAACCAGUAGUGAACCAAAAGUUCAAUCAUCUUCAUCUUCUGCUCUAUCUUCAUCCACCAAUACAUACCCACAACUAACUCAACCUACCUUCAACCUAGACUCUGACAUGGAUAAUGAAUAUGUCUUGUCUGACCCUUCCAUUAGCUAUACUAACUUUGACGAAUAUGACUUUUAUCCAACUACUACAAUCCCACAACCUUCAGUCUCAGCCAAUAAUUGUAUUUAUCACCAUGCUCCUGGAAGUACGGUAUGCAGUCAUUGCUCUGGCAAAUCAUCUACUUCUCAAAAUUCUCAGCCAAUUUACUACUCGAGUGAACAACUUCAAAAGAUGAGACAAUCCUAUCUUGAGGAUUUAUGGAACGAUGAUAAUGACUUUGCAUACAAGACUAUUGUUGAAUCAAGGAGAUUUGAUCCACAAUACUCUGCAGAAUACUCUUCAUCUGAUUUGAAACCUGACUCGGAUUUGUCCUUCUUUUUGGAUUUUACCUUCUAAUCCCUCCUCCUUCUAUCCUCCUGUUACAGAGAUGUAAAUAUUAAUAGUAUGUACUGAGAAUCAGUAAUCCUCCUCUUCAUUAUCCUGAUGUAAAUGUACCAUAUAGAGUUUUGCUACCGAACUACUAACUGUGCCCCAGCACAAAUGUACACUACUUGUAAAUAAUCAACAAACGGAACCAAGGUGUGGUUGCCAUGAAUACAACCACAAUAACUAAACUCUCAGAGGUGAGUCAAUGCUAGGUCUAAGUGAAUGAACAUUGUGAUUUUUUUUUCUGUCUAUUGUAAAGACAAACAUUCAACACACUGUGUGUGGCAGUCAAAAAAAUAACCCAACAACACACAACAAUAAACAACUUGUAAAUACAUCCACCUAUGACCUCGCAACAUCAUCAAAUAAACUCCCUUAGUAGUAGUA